GUAAAUAGAUGGUCAUUUUAUGAAAUAGGUUCUUGGAUAUGCUUUACCUACAAUGGGGCGCAGGUAUGGAUGACGCCGAGCGACGCAUCCUCAGGAAACACCACACCAAGUUACUCGAAACACUGGAUACCAAGUUCAUGAUUCCAUUUUUGUUUGAAAACGGAAUCGUUUAUGAGGAAAAUUAUCUUGAUGAUGUACCAUGCCGACCAGAACGUGUCAAGAAAAUGCUCUUGUUUCUGAAGGACUGGUGCCCCUUUGAAAUGUUUCUUGAAUGUCUUCGGCACGAGGAUUGCUAUUCUUUCAUAGCUGAUGCCCUAGAAAAAGAUGGGCAAAAUGAUUUUGUUCACAUGCAAAGAAAGGUGAACAUCUUCACGGAUAGAAGAAAACAGGUGGGAGAAUUUCGGCAUAAAUUGAAACGCUGUUCACUCGAAAAUGACUCUGUCACUUUUCUGAAGUAUUACGAAAAGGCCAUCAGGGACUGGGAUAACGUAAUAUGUAACAGGAGCAAGUACAAUCACCAGCAACGACAAAGACUGGCCGACUUCUGUCACGCAGCUUAUGAUGCUGAAAUUGUACGACGACGUGUGUUUUAUGAAAAUAUAAAGUUACAGGGUGACAUACUCGACAAAAUGCAACUGAUGUCUGCCCACACAUCAUGCCCUAUAGCGCCCGAUGUUAUAUUCUUAACCAGAUUCUCUUCUGCGCUAGUAAUGGCAGGUGGAAGUCUGGAAGAUGGUCUUGCUUGCAUAGAAGACGCUCAACAAAAGAUGGAACUCCUUCCGGCAUGUAGAGAGACGGGACUGGUGCUUUACAGCAAGUUUAACUUCCUGUUGAUGAAACACGAACGCGACCGCACCAGCAUUGACAAGGAAGAACUUUCGAAACUUGGAAACAGUGUAAUUUCACACUUCAGUACAGAAUCAGACACGAUCAGUAACGAUUUCAAGAGAAUUUUCUGCUGAAGAAAGCACACACUUGCCUAGACAUGGGGGUGUUUCUUAAUGUCAUUGGUGAUUAUGAGGUCAGCGAUGUUCACAUAGAAGAGGCAGGGAGACUGCUGAUUGAAUUACGCCGGCCAGAACUAUGGCAAAGGAUGGAGUUACGUGCAAAAAUGGUGUAUACAGCAAUCAGAUCUCGACUGGCCCAAUUGAAGUAUCCCGAGAAGCCAGCCGAGGCCAUCAAACUUGCUAAAAGGGCGUUACGAUUAGCCAAACAAGGACAAUUCCUUAAAGAACAGCAAAGUAUCAGCUACAAUUUAAACUCGCUGUCUGAGAGCACACUGCAAAAGCAACGAUUAAGAAAAGCAAUACUAGUGUAAUAUUAGUAAGACAACUAUGUUGUUGUUAUCCUGCUGGUGUGUUUGUUUAUUGUUCAAAUUGUAAACCGAUAUGGUAUUGAACACUGACGUAUUACAUAUACCUUUAACUUAAUUAUGCUGAUAGUUUUCCUCUCGAAUAGUUAAAAAGCCUGAUGGAUGACGCGAAUUGUUAUUUAUUACGCCUUCUCCGUUAAUUAUAUCAUCCGACCAUUCCAUCUUAAAGACGAAAUAGAGAGCGUAAUGUUUUCUCCUCCUAUAAACGAGGAAAUGUUUGUGUGUAGAAAGGUUGGCGUUGUGAUUUUAAACUGAUAACGGAGUGGAAAUAUUUACGUUGACAAAGGUUCACCAAAUCUAUAUAUCUUAUAAACAAGUAUUUAUAAUCUAUAUCAUCUAAAAAAAAAAAAACAACAACAACAUUAUCACAUUUUUAGAUAUUUUCGGGUUAAUUUACUUGACGCGAAAAACGCCAGCAUUUGAACACCGUGAAAAAUGUCCUCUUUGAACAUUUACAAUUAUAUGAGUUGUGAACACGACAAUCUAGGGUUCCGGAAUAAUAUUAUUGGUGUGUAUUCAAAAAAACCAUGUGAACAAUGAACAUAAGACAAUCAGUAACGUCUUGAAUACACUUUUAUAUGAAGUCUCCUGUUUAUUCCUCUUCUUCGAGAUGAUCUAUAUCGUAACUCUGGUCACACAUACAGUGGUCAAGCCAGCGGUUCAAAGUACAUCAUAGACUGUCUUUUGUUUACUAUAACCUCUUACCACUGUUGGAGCACCUCAGUAUAACAAGGUAUUGACCACUCCGUUAUUCUCCUUGUAAAGGAUGACUAUAUAAGCAUUCAUUUUCAAUCAAUAUAUAUUCCACGUCGAAUUGUUGUUGUUGUUUAUAAAUCGUACUCGAGUUUAACUAGUUUAAACGAGAUUUUCAACCUUUAAAUUUGAAAUAACUGGCUAGCGUUAGAUAAAACGAUAUAAUUUGUAAGCAAAGAUCGGUACUUUUGGAGCGUCUUUAUACCACAAUAAUGAAUAAUAAUUAUAAUUAACGCUUGUUUUACAGAAUAUGAUUUAGGUUGCGUACGAAUUUAAGGAAAAAAUCAAUGUUUUACCGGGUCCCUUGCGCCACUCUCCAUUCAUCUCUGUAAACGACACACGCCAUUAAAGAAUCUUGCAAGAACUAAUGCACAACAUUAUGACAUUGUGAUAAAGUUAUGAUUUCAUCUUCUUACAUUUUAUUUAACAAUGUAUUAUUUUCAUCGCUUCAACAUAAACAUUGUUUUGUUCAAAUUAUAUGUUUGAAUAUUUUUACGGAAAAAAAUGUGUGGCCCAAAAGCCGUGUGUACACCCGCCUUGUGUUUUAGUUUUCUACAUCGGAGUAUAUUUCAGUUUUAUGACGUAGAUACGUAAAACAGACCGGGAAAAUAAAGUAUGGAAAAUAAUUCUUGAACGCACAUUUGUUAUCUUUCGGUAUAUCUGUGCGCCAGGGCGGCUCGAAAAAUA